CUCUUCCCCCAGCAUCAGCUUGUAACAGCAGAUUGCGCUCGCUAAUCAAAGAGGGGCCGGGCUCUCUGUGUUUGUUUCUUAACGUCUGUGUCACUACAGUAACACCAGCCAAACACUUGUUUUCAUUAAUGUUGCUCCCCAAGCCUGCCAAUGGAGCCCAGACCGUGCCAGGACACAGCAGAGAGGGACAAUUUCGCUGGUCGGGCACAAUUCCAGAUGGAGCACGAGCGCUGCCUCGGGGACACUGAUGUCUCCACUCUAUCACCUACCAGAAGGUGCCUGCUGCUCUCUUCUUCUCCUCCACCAUCCUUCACUGCUGCUGCUCCUAGCUGCUCCAUGGGGGAUUUUGAAAGGAAUCGUGGAUUAAAAACAAAAUAAAAUGACCCAGGUAUGAUACUCGCAUCACUGUUGACCUCCACAAGGUUUAUCCCUGGGGCUGUUUAGGGGAGGGCGAUGGAUGGGGCACAAGGCAGCAUCCCUGAGCACAUCCUGGCACUCAGAUGAGGAUGGUUUGGGUAGUGCCCAGAGCAGCAGCUGGGCACAGGAGGAGCCUUUUCAAGCACCAGGACAAUACAACACAUUUUUAAAGGGUAUCCUUGCGAGUGAAUGGAAGAGAAGAGGAACGCUUCAUCUCCCUUUCAUGCCCUCUGAUGUACACAAAGGGCCAAAACCACUGAUGUCAGAGAGGAAGCACAAAGCUCCUGUGGCCUCAUCUGACAGUCCCUCAGACUGCCCUGUUCAAGCAGAAUGCCUGCUUUAAUAACUCCUCCUCUCCUGCUUCAGACUUUCUAGCUAGAACCACCUUUUUGUAGAGCAGCAACGUAAGACUAGGCUGGUAUUUGUUUUCUUCCAAUUCUCCCCUGGUUCAUGGCACAGUCCCGGGGUGAAGCAGCUCCUUGAAUGGCCGUGACUGUCUUUGGACCAAGAGCAAAGUAACUGCUCGUGAUGCAGCCUUCUGCAGGGCUGUCCAAAUCUAGGUCAGCUCUUUGUGGUCAAAGAGCAGCGAGCGAACAGGAGAUGAACCCGUGGUGCUUUGCCUAGACUGAUACUAACACCCAGACUUUCUUGAGGUUCACUCGUGUGCACUCAUGCUUUGUUGUGGCAGUACAGACUGAUAACGAAAGGCACGCUGGCCUCUUCAGAACCACCUGCAGAUCACAAGAAUACAGAAGUAAGGCUGACUUUUGAACAGCCCAAACUCCAGCAACAGGACUGUAUUUUACACCUGCAGCAAGCAAUUUGCUAUCUGAAAAAUACCUGCCUGGAUACCCAGAGCACAGCCCUACCAGGAGGGCCUCUCAAGAAGCCCUGAUCAAUCUGAAAUGCAAUAAAAGCUGAAGAAGGAAGCGGGAACACGGGGAAAGACACCCCAUGGCAGCACAGGGAACUAUUCCUGCAGGCUGCUGGGUUGCCUGUGGUCCCAGGGGACACGUAGGAGCUGCCUGCAGGGACCCAGGGCAGCACCACCACAGCUGCCCAGAAGCGAUUUAGGAACACUCCCCAGGAACACAAUCUGCAAAUCAUUUCAAAAGGACCGGAUCGAAGCACGAGAUCACCUUGCAGAGCAGAGCAGAAAGCACCGCGUUUCAUCCCCUCCCUGCUGUGCCGAACCCAGUGACAUGUGCUUGGCAGAAGCCCAUCUUGCAGAAAGGCAUCUUACCCUGAUUGGAAAACGCUAACAUAUGGAGAGACUUUCACUUUCCUCAGUGAUUUGUUCCAGCAGCUAAUCAGCUUCAUUCUGAAAAAAUUAAUGCCUAUUUUCUCAUUUCAAUUUGUCUGGCUUCAGCUUGCAGCUGUGAGUCUGGGCCACAUCUCUUCUCCCUCACUUUAACAGCUCUCGGAUACCUGGCCUUUCUCCUAGGGGCGAUAUUUAUAUUCUGCUAUACAAUUUUCUUCAGAUGAACACUGCAGUUUCUUAAGUUCCAGUCCUAGGCGCUGUUCUGGGGGUGUUUUCAUUGUAUUCCCCCGAGGAUGUGCUGCUGCACAAACUGCCCUGCGCUCACCUACCAAAGGCAGGAGGCAGCUGUGUUACAUCCCCUGCUCGGAGGCAAUGCACUGCAGCCUGGCCAGGAAACACAACUGGGCACAAAGAGUGGAGUUUGGUGCAGAAUGACGAUGGCUGCAGCUUGCUGCAGAUAAAGGCUGCUUGUGGUGAGCAGCACGUCUCCGCAGCCACCAGCUUUCAUCGCAGCUGAGCUAAGGCUGAGUGCAACCACCCCGGUGCUGCUCUGCUCCCUCAACAGCCUUAAAACUCUUUCCCUCUGACCCACUCCUCAUCUGCCCUCUAUAACUCCUGGCUCGCUUCUCAUCCGAUUCCUGGCCACCUCCUCCUCCCUUUUCCCCUUCCUGUCAUGCUGAUCUUCUCUUAAUAGAACCACUCACCUCCUGUAAAGCCUCAGAGUGGACGUGUGGCUGUUUCCCCACCCAUCACUCUGUUCCUGAUCCCAGUCUCCCUCUCUCAGGGACUCCCCAGCUCCCCUGUACCUGCCCAGGAUCAGUGCAUCAUGUCGGGAACGUCACUAACAGCAUUUAUCCUGUUUUGUCGUGUUUACCUGUGCUGACCAGCCAGUGUGCUGGUAGCUAAGCCAAAUAUUAAAUAUUGAGGUUAGAUGCCAUAGGUUUCUGAGCAAAAACAAGCAUGGAGAGGCAAUCCUGGGCACACAGUGUCUGGAGAGUGUUUUUGUCUGGUUUAGCUCUUGGCUUCCCCAGGGCAGGAGCCACCUGCUUGGGGUUGUAUUGUUCUGAGCAGGCUGGUGGUGUGCAACAACCAAAUCACAAAUAGAUGAUUUAAGUUAAUUAAUACAAAUAAACUCUAAUUACAAACACUAACCAAUUAAAGCAGCACAGAGGGCAUCUCCUCUGCUUUGGCGGGCAGAUGACAGGGAUGCUGUUGCAAGGCCUUAGGACUUGGUCCUGCCCCACUGCAUCCCGGGGAGGUUUCCCACAAGGAGGCUGAAGCCGCCGCUACUCCUCUCGUCCUGAUUAGGACAGCAGCAAAUUAAGGAGGUUUUUCACCAUCUCAGUGCCUUGAGAGCAAUGCAGAGCUCACGGAUGGCAGGCUGCAGCAUGUGGUGGUUUUCUUAGUCAGUUCUUGCUAACCCCACAGCACAGCACGGGACAAUUUGUUCUCUUCUGCGGCCACUUUGGCUUGGGGGAACUUUCUGCUGGCCCCCGCAAAGCCCUCAGCUGUGCCUGCAGCAUGGGGGUUGCAAGGACCACUGCAGCUCCUGAGCCUGUAAACAAGUUUUAUUCUUUUACAUCAGCUUGAGUCACUCAGGGACAAGCUCUGGUCCCAGCCAGGAUGUUCCUUUGUCCUUCCUUGUAGGGAUGGCAGAAACGAAGGAUCAAAGCACCGAAGGGAUCAAAACAUGAAAGCUAGACUAUAUGAAGCAAUGGGGCUGGAGAUCCACUCCUCUAGGAUAAUUAACUUUCCCAAGAACAGAUAAUAUCCCCAAAUUAAAGGACAACCUGGGACCAGUCCUGAGAGGCGCAUCAAGGCGAAGACGAACGCCACUCCCAUGGCGGGGAUCUCAUCAGGCUCCGGCGUAACCACAUAACUACCGCCCUGGUCUCCAGACACCCACUCCUUCCUUCAGCUCUCAUUAAGAAGGCAGAGAGAUGAAAAGCCUCUCGCUCCUGGUGCCACUGUCACGCUGCUCACCCCCAGGCCCUUCCAGGAGAGCCCUUUCCCAGAGGAGGGCUGACUUUGCUGCUCUCCCAGGCUCCAGCAAGCCCGGCAGGGACCUGCCACCACCACCAGCACCCCGAGCACCCCUCGGGGCACCCUGGCCACGGGCCCUUUUAGGGAGGAGGGGGGGAAAAAAGGGUGAGCACAGCGGGGCCACCCCCGGGGCUCCCCCUUCCCUGAGAAGCGGGGGCGGCUCUCCGAGCCCCCCUCCCGCGGCUUUUGCUCCCCCUUUUUCUUCCUCCUCCUCCUCCUCCUCCUCCUCCUGCUGCUGCUGCUGCUGCUGCUGCUCCUCCUGCCGCCGCUGCCCGGCUCCGCUCCGCCUCGCCAGCCCCGAGCGGGUGCCCCGGCCCUGCCGCACCUCCCCGGCCUCCGCAGCCCCGGCCCGGCGGGCGGCAGUGCUGCAGCCUGCGGGCCUCUCCGCAAUGCUGCAGUGCAAACAUGCUCAGGAAUUCAGCUUUGGGCCCCGGGCUCUGAAGGAUGCGCUGAUUUCGACCAACCCAGCCCUGCAGGAGCUCUAUGCCAAAGCGUUCUCCAGGGCGGAGAAGCUGUUCCUCUCCGAAGCCUACAACCCGCAGAGAACACUCUUCUGCACACUGCUCAUCCGGACGGCUUUCGACUGGCUCCUCAGCCACCCCGAUGCCCCUGAGGACUUUGAAACCUUCUAUCACGCCAUGCUGCAGAGGAAGCAGAGCUUCUGUCGGAAGCACAUUUACCUGCAGCCUAUAGACCUGAUCGAAGGGCCCGCCGGGCUGUCGCUGCUGGAUUCCCUGCAGAGCUGCGUUGAGUCCUUCUUCCUGGGGCUCCGUGUCAAGUGCCUUCCCUCCAUUCCCAUCUCUUCCAUCCACUGCUGCUACCGCCACAGCCAGGACUCGGACAGGGUGCAGCUUCACGCAGAUGGGAUCCUGAACUUCCUGAAGAACAACAAGCCCAUGGAUGCUCUGUGUGUCCUUGGACUCACUCUCUUGGACCUUUACCCAUGUGAGACCUGGAGCUUCACCUUCAGCAAAUUCCUGCCAGGACAAGAAGUGGGAGUCUGCAGCUUUGCCAGAUUUUCCGGGGAUUUCCCCCACGGUAGCUGUAGCAGCUUGAACCCGCUGGUGCAGAAGGAACGGUUAGGCCAAGUCAGCAAGGAAAGCAGAGACCGGACCGUGCCGUUCAGUGCCCAGGAGAUGGUCCAGUGCUGUAAGGUGACUUGCCACGAGAUCUGCCACCUGAUGGGCCUGGGGACGUGCCGCUGGCUGCAGUGCAUCAUGCAGGGUGCGCUGAGCCUGGACGAGGCCCUGCUGCGGCCGCUGGAGCCCUGCCCCAUCUGCCUGCGCAAGCUGCAGUACGUCGUGGGCUUCAAGCUGGUCGAGCGCUAUAGGAAGCUCUACGCCUGGACGCAGACCGUGCUGUCCACGUGGCCGAGGCAAGAGUCGGCGGACCUGUCAGCCUCGGAGGACGUCCCUGCGGUCAGCUCGGACUCCGGGAUGUGCUGUGAGAACGACUCGGAGGCGGUGACCUCCUUGUCGGAGCCGCUCACGCCGGACACGUGUAGCCAGGCCCUGUCCAUCGGCCAGGAGCUGGAGCAGGACGAGCAGUCGGGCUCACUGGCCGAGGCACACAGCCAGCCCCAGAUCGCCGGGCCGACCAAGGCCACAGAUAUCGUUAAGGAUUACGAGCUGUGGCUGGAGACCUGCAUCGCUGCCCUGGAGAGGAACGUCUCCGAGGAGGAGCUGGCUCAGGUGGACAAGGCCGUGGAUGCACUGGCCAAGUGGGAGAUGUUCACGGGACAGCUGCCCGUGAUGAAGAAGGACCUGCCCUUUGCUAGGGACAACACCGGGCUGCGGAAAGUUCUCGGAGACAAAUUUUCCUCCUUGCGGAGGAAACUGAGUUCCAGAAAACUGUCCAAAGGGGAAUCGUCCCCUCAUCGCUGGCGGUGGGAGGAGAACUAGCGAGGGUCUGCCUUGGGAUGGGCCAGCUCUGCUCCCAGGGCUUUGGUUGCAUUACUGUCCUGCUCCUGAGCUGUCUCACCACGAGUUGUUGCUGUCAGAGAGAAACAGGAACUCCCCCCAGGAAUAAAAGGUGUUUCUUUUUUUC